CCCUCCGCCCAGAAGAAGUCCAGUCAAUCCAGGAGGAAAAAAGGGCCAGGGAACUGAGCCAAAAGUGGACUUGCGUCUCACAGCCCGCUACAUCCCACGUCCCACCUGUCCCACUUGUCCCACUUUCGGCCCGCCUUCACCGCAAUUCCCACGGCUGGCAUCCCCACCCCGACAGCCCGGAACUGGCAUCACCCGGGGAGGAGGCGGCGGGGGCUUUGAGGCCCAUCCCACAUCCCACAUCUGGCUGAGCCCUCAUCUGGCUGAUUGCCCGGAGCGGCCAGUUUGGCACGAGUGGGCGUGUUUAGAUUGCAUUGGCUGGAAGAGGCUGGGCGUGAGCGUCCAUUCGCCCCCUUCCGCAUGGCUUCACCGGUGUUGAACGCCAGCGCGCCCUUGGGCGUGCCGGGUAACACCACGCCCGGCGUGGGCCUGGGGGUCGGUCCGCCGGCGGGCAAUGUGGAUAUUUCGUUACUGGAGUGCGAUCCGGAAGAAUCGCUCUUGGUGGAGGUGCAGGGAGAGAAUGGGGCCUAUUACCGGGCUCAUGUCCGGGAUGUGUUUCCCGGGAGUUCGGAGAUGUUGCUGUCGUUUGAACGGGAUUGGCAGCCCGAAUCGCGGUUCCCUUUGGCCCGGAUUCGUCUGCCGGCGGCCAAGCCCAGUUUGGAGGCCUCCUUUGUCGAAGGCCAAGAGGUGGAGGUGUUUUCGCGGGCCUCGGAGCAAGAGCCUUGCGGUUGGUGGCUGGCCGAGAUCAAGAUGAUCAAGGGCGUGUUCCAGGUGGUCGAGUAUUUGGGCUGGGACACGACCUACACGGAGAUUGUGCCCUUGGAGCGGAUUCGGCCCAAGAGCCAAGAACCCGCCCUGAGUUUGCGGAGCUUCAUCAAGUUCACGGUGCGAUUGCCGGCCGAUAUCAAGGAGCUGUACUUGACCACGCCCCGAGCACGCCACGCCGAGAUGAAUCGCGAUUUCCAGGCGGCCGUCCAUGCCCUCAUGAUCACGUUCAACGAGGCCAGUGGCGAUUUGGAGGUCAUCACCCGGGAUGAGUCGUCUCAACGGCGGGUGGGCAUGCUGCAGGACAUGCUGUUUCGGAACAUGUCGCAGAAGGCGGUGCUCCAGCGACGCACCGAGGAGGCGGCCAAGCAUCUGGAGCAGACCCGCCUCCAAUCGGCCGCCGUGUUCAAUGAGGAGUUCUCGGUCACGGAAAAUCUCAUUGGCUUGGCUAUCGGAACCCACGGCACCAACAUCCAGCAAGCCCGCAGCAUCGAGGGCGUGCUCAAUGUCGAGCUCAUGGAAGACUCGUGUACGUUCAAAGUCAGUGGCGAGACCGAGGAAGCCGUACGGAAGGCCCGACUCGUCCUGGAGUACGCCGAGGAGCCCAACCAGGUCCCCCGGAGUCUCGUGGGCAAAGUGAUUGGCAAGAACGGACGCUUCAUCCAGGAGAUCGUGGACAAGUCUGGACUCGUACGUGUCAAGAUUGAGGGCGACAAUGAGCCCGAGCCCUCGGCGCCCAGAGAGGAGGGAUCCAUUCCGUUCAUCUUUGUCGGGACGAAAGACGCCAUUAGCAAUGCCCAAAUGUUACUCGAGUUCCAUCUCAAGAACCUGAAGGAACUCGAGCAACUCCGACAAGAGCGGUUGGACAUUGAGCAGCAACUGCGGAGCAUCCACGGCCCCUCGUCUUAUGACGGCGAAUACCACCGCGACUCGCACCACAAUCACCACCACCACCAUGUCAGAGGGUUCCGGGGCGGUAUGGGCUCGGGUCCUCGCGGGCGUGGCCGGGGUGGUCGAGGUCGGGGCGGUCCUAAUGACCGGGGCCGCUUCGAUCGGGGUGGUCCGCACAAUCGGAGGGGCGGACGUGGCGGCGGUUACUCCUACCACCAGGGCGGCGGUGGAGACACCAACGACGGUGAACACGCCGUCGUCGGUUCUGAGGAACGAUUCCCAGCGCGGUACGAUCGUGAUCGCGAUCAUUCAGAUCGAGGAGAGCGCGGUGGCCCACGCGGGCGUGGCGGGCGAGGUGGUCGUGGUGGGACUGGCGAGUCCCGCGGUGGCCGAGGUGGUGGUGGUCGAGGUGGCGGCGGCGGCGGAGACGGAGGCAAUCGAUAUGAAGCUGGGAAUGACGACCACCGACGAGGAUCCUCGUCUUUCCGGUCCCGCAGUGCGCCGUAUCGAAAAGGCGGGCGAGGAGCCGCCCACGGCAGCCAAGACGAUCACUCAGAUCCAGUUUCGGGCUCUGGUGAGCGGGUGAACGGGUCGGUGAAUCCUGACGCUCCAGCCCCCAAUAGCAGCACGAAUGGAGAGGUGACACCCGCGCCCGUGUCCACCGCCUCCAAGACGCCGAAAGUGGUCAACUCCUCCGCAUCUACUUCGGCUAGCACUACCAAACCCCCCGCCACCAACGGUUCUUCGGACCCCGCUCCCGCUUCAGCCGGUGAGGUCAGCAACGGUCAUGGCCAAGAGUCGACGAGCAGCACCCGACACACCGCCAACAGUUCCUCGUCUAGUCGCAAAGGCAAGAAGUACCAGAGCGCCGGCGGUGUUCCAGCUAACGCCGCGCUCACCACCAACGGUAUCGCACCCACGAGCACGAAGAGCGCGCCCGCUCCCAAAGUGGCCCCGCCUCCCAGCAACACUAGCAAGCCUCCCACCGCAGCCGUGGGCGAAGCGUAACAGGCGUUAAAUCGGUGCGGUUCUUUUUUUACAUAUAUAUAUGCACACAUUCACACACA